UUCUUUUGUGUGAAGGACUUUGUAACUACAUAAGGCUGGAACAAUAUACGGCAGCUUCCACAGGUUCAAGAGGAACAGGAAGUGUUCACGCAGCAGACGGACCUCCAACAGAACCAGACUGUUGAGAUGGCAGUAAACAACACGCCGUCCACCCUGCAGCAGAUCCUCUGUCAGACACACUUCACUUCCGGUUGUGCCAUGCUGUGCCAUGCAGGUCUGUACCAGCCUUCAGACCUCCAGGGCAGUGAGUGAGUGGUAGCUUGUGACACCACCUGAUGGCCCGGUGAAGAACUGAGCCUGGCUCCAUGGAAGCCAUUCCAGGGCUCCAGUGGACACACACGGGAUGUGGGAGAGCUUCUGAGAUCUCACACCAGACCACAAUGUCUUCCAGUAGUGUCUGCUGGUCAUGAGCUCCAAGGUGGACCGGAGCCGGACCGGAGCCGGACCUCUGUCCUGGGCUGGGUCAUGCCUGAUGGAACCACGCCCCCUUGAGAGAAUCGAAACCUAUACAGAUAGGUUUCGAUUCGAGUAAGAAGAGCGCGUGCCCGUUGACAGUGUCAUUGUGCUUCCUGCUGCUCCUCUCCUGGACCAUGGCUUUCAACCAGCAGACACCGGUUCAUGCACCAAGAAUCCCCUUCACUGGAUCGAUCCAUGGGGGUCUGCAGGUGGGGAAGUCCAUCAGCAUCAGUGGACGAGUCCUGCCUGGAGCCGAUAGGUUCAAUGUGAAUUUACAGUGUGGUUCCAGGGACAAUGCAGACAUUGCUCUCCACAUUAACCCCCGGUAUGACAGCCACCCUGGUUAUGUGGUUACCAACACCUCACAGAAGGGCAACUGGGGCAGUGAAGUCAGGAAGCUCAACUCUCCGUUCCCGGCUGGCUCCACCUUCAGCCUCAUCAUCACUGUCUCCCAUGAUGCCUACAAGUUGAACGUCAAUGGCUGCAACUUCAUGGAGUACAGACACCGUAUCCCAUUUCACCAGGUGGACACCAUCACAGUAGCUGGGAGCGUAGAAAUCUCCUCCAUUGCCUUCCAGAACUCUAUGCCGGCAUUUCCUGCUCAGCCUGCGUUUGCUUCACACGUAGCCUUUCCCACCAAUGCUGCAUACCCUUUUUUUGUGGCGGGUCCACCGCAGACUGGAUUCCCCUCCCAGACUGGAUUCCCCUCCCAGACUGGAUUCCCCUCCCAGACUGGAUUCCCCUCCCAGCAUGGAUUCCCCUCCCAGACUGGAUUCCCCUCCCAGACUGGAUUCCCCUCCCAGCAUGGAUUCCCCUCCCAGACUGGAUUCCCCUCCCAGACUGGAUUCCCCUCCCAGACCGGAUUCCCCUCCCAGCCUGGAUUUCCUCCUGCAAUGCCUGCUGUUCCAUAUAAGAGCCCCAUCAGUGGUGGACUUAAACCUGGCAGGACCGUCACUAUCCAGGGGACUGUUCUCCCCAAUGCCACAAGAUUCAAUGUGAAUCUGAGCCAUCGCUCUGGCAUCGCUCUGCAUUACAAUCCACGUUUCAACGAGAACUCUGUGGUUCGAAACACCAAACGGGGGGAGCAGUGGGACGCUGAGGAGCGUGACGGAGUGAUGCCCUUCCAGCAGGGGAAGCCUUUCACGCUGAUUAUCUGUUGUGAGAGCCACUCCUUCAGAAUUGUGGCCAAUGGGAUGCAGAGGCACAUCUAUAAGCAUCGUUUCACUCCCCUUAAGAACAUCACCUCCCUGGAGAUUGAUGGAGACAUCAGCCUGACCUCUGUGAUGGUGUAGACAUCCAGCACCUCUGGCUGCUCUUGAUAAUCUUAUCCACAACAUGCUUUCUCUGAUUAAAAAACAUUGCAUUAAUAAUUAAUCCAUGCUAAUGUAUUAUACCUUGUAUUUUUCACCUGUUUAUAAAUACUACUAAUAAUCAUUCUAAUUUGUAUACUCCUGAAACAUUACAAGGGAAAUCCACCAACAAUGAUCAGGUCAGGUUUGUCCAAAGGCAUUCGGUGUCAUGUAUAGAGACAAAUAGGCCCAGCAACACUGCAAAUCACAACGCACACUGAAUGCAGCUGACAGCAGAUAAAUGUCCAAUGCUCAAGUCUCUAAAAAAGGAAUAGUGUUGGAAAUACAAUUGCAUCUUAACUGUGUAAUCAUUCAUGUUUGAAACACAUUGAACAUUGAAAUUAAAGUAUAGUGUGACAGCA